AUGGGAUCUUGUGUGGGAAAAUAAGAUAAUGGAGCAACCUCUAUGAAGUAGCUCAACAAAAUUUCUAAUUAACUGCUCAAAGCAAGAAGAAUUAUGUUUAGAUUUUUGAAGGCUUCUGAUAAAAUAGAAUAAAAACUUGAAAAAAUAGAUGCAAAAGCUGAUAUGCAGCUAAUUUAAAAAUAAAUGGAAUAAUAUGAAGGAUAAUAUGAUUAUUAAUCAUUCAUAAACUCAUUUGAUAUUUUGACAUAAAUAAUAUAACGUAGUAAAAAUAUAAUAUAAAAUGCUUACAAGAAUCAAAAGAAUCUUGAAAAUAUUAAGGUUAAAAGUAUUAUAGAACAACUUAACUAGUAUUUAUCUAUUUUUGUUUUGGAGACUAGUGAAGAUUAUUAAGGUGAUGAAGGCAGACCUUGUGACUAAGAUUCUCCUUAAAAUAAUAUUAGCCCUUAGUAGCUAAUAUAGGAGUUCUCUAAGAAUUAAUAAAGUGAAAAUUUAAAUAAGCCGAGUCUAAUAGCUUAAUAAAGUAUAAAUGAAAUACAUGGAUUAAGUAACAAUACAUAGUAAAUUAAUCCACGUAUGAAUUCUAAAUCUUUAGGAGUUGCCAAUACUACCUGUAUUUUAAAAGAUGAUACAAUGGCUUGUCCAUAAAGAAAAAGAGGCGCUUCUACCAAAGCAAGUAGCAAGAUAACCUAAAAUAUGGAUCUUAAUUCAAUUGAUCUAUUAGAUUAUAAUAAAAAUAGCAGCAUAAUAAAUCGUUAGCGUAAUCCCAGCCGCUAAAAAUCGUAUACAGUAUAUGUUAUUGAUGGAUAAAUAAAAAUAUAGUAAUAACUCACACGGAUUGAUUUAAUUACUAGUGAUAGUUAAAUAUACUGA